GGACUGUCAAGUAAUUAUUUUUACGAAGUGCGAGUGUUUUUGUUAUUCUGAUCCAAAACAAAAUAAAACCAGACGACAGUGUGCUUGAUGACCGCAAAUUAUUCUUGUACAUUCUGAAAAAUGAGCAACUCCGAGGAGCGUAGCUCCUCAACCAGUUCGGAGGGUGACGCCGCCGAUCUAGACAUAAGCAAUCCCAAUUUCAAACCGUUGCGGGUGCUGUAUUCCCGGAGGGCGACCGUACCCGCUCCAAACGCCGAAAAACAUGAUAACGUGAGCUUGUUCGAGUCGAAAUUCAAACGAUUGGGCGGAUUCGCGGAAAAAUUUAGCGCCGAACGGUUGAAGGAAAUUCAGGCUGCUUCGUCGUCUAAGAAGAUAGUUCCAGUCGCCCGUGGGGAAGCACCGGUGAGGAGAUUUUUGCCGCAUCAAGAGAUGAUCAGAGUGGAGAGGCCGGCUCGCUUCCGCAAAAACAUAUUCACCAAGCUGGAGAACUACGGGGGCCCACUCAACCGCUUGCGGGACUGGAUGAGCGAAAGAGUGCGCGUUAAGAUUUACACCCGCAAGGAGAAAGGGAUUCGGGGUUACGUCACGGGAUUUGUGGAAGUAUUCGACAAACAUUGGAAUGUGGCUUUGUCGGACGUUUUUGAAUCGUGGGAGAGGAGAAAGUACCGAUAUUCUGAGAACAAGCUGUGUAACCUCGGAGAGCCACAAGACUGUAGCGAGGAACUGCGUAAAAUGGGAAUCAGUGUUCCUGCUGUUAAUGUUAAGUCUGUUGAUAGUAAAUGUGUGAUUUGUACCAGGAGGGUUCCUAAAUUGUUAAUCCGGGGGGAGCAGAUUGUGCUGAUAGUCCCUGAACUCACAAUUGUUAAGAAAGAGCCAUUGGACUAA